UUUAAUAACAACAAAAGCACAUGCAAAAUUAAUUAAAACGGGAAACGUCAAAAUGCCUGGUGUAGAAGAUUGGAUGAAUAAUCCCUUGAGCAUAAUUCAAAGUUUAAUUGAUCAGUAUGGAAUUUCAGACAAAACUUGUAUUAAGAAUUAUUUCCAGAAGAAGAUUCAAGGAAAAGAUAUGCUUGCAUGUAUUCCAUCCUUGAAUGACCAGCCACUUCAUAAUCUGCGACCUAAUUCAGUGGUCAAAUAUCGCUGUAUGAUUCAAGAUAUGUAUGACCCUGAGUUCUACCUGGGGCUGUAUGAGGUCAAGGACAUCAAGACUCAGGAAACCCAUAGACUGUCUGGGAAAUAUAAAGAUGUUGCUGAUUCUCAGUCUCACCAGGAGAUCGAUGUGGAUUCCCCCGCAAACGUGACGAUGGAUCGCCAGACAUUAUACUGUGUUCCCAUACCUGGCGAAUCGGACUGGGUCAAAGAAGGUUAUGCUAGUCAGAAUGUACGGGACACUGCAUCGACCUCCUCACAGGCAGUUCGUCGGAAACGGUCGCUAGAUGAAGAAGACAUGGUUGGCGAGGAGAGUCGGAAAGCCAGUAAUGUCGGAUGUAGCGAGCCGUCUGCAGACGAAGAAAUGAUUCCGGUUAAUGGGGACGGGGAGUCGAAGAAGGAAACUUCUAAUAUGGGAUCCUUGGUUGCAGCGUGCCUUGACUUGAACUUUCCCCUUCCAGAAGAAGCGGGUCCAGCCUGCCUGGUGAAGAUAUAUGAUGACAUUGACAGCUUUAAAGUUAAUGACACAGUUGAAUUCAUUGGUGUUCUCUCUGUUGACCCCGCAAUGGCUCAGUUCAAUGAAAAUAACAGUGAGACUACAGAUGUUCAUUUGGAGUUUGAGACCGAAGCUGAAAGACAUGCGCAUGCUCCCCCACCAUCACUGGUACCAAGACUCCAUGCGUUUUUAUCUUCAAAACUCGUACACAAUAACCCCCAUCUUCCAGCAGUGAUUACGGAUCCAGAAUGUGUUCAGGCUCUCCAGACAGUCCAGUCAGAAAUCUGUUCACUGCGGUCGGAACUUCUGUCAAUACUGCAGCACGCUCUGCUCGGAGACUCUCUGGCCGCAGAAUACUUGCUCUGUCAUCUUAUUUCAAACGUCUAUGCAAGAGCAGAGAUUAUGCCGCUGGGCAAGAUGUGUUUCAAUCUUAGUGGCUGUCCUAAUUCUCGUCACUACUCCAGGUUGAUACAUAGGCUCGUCUCUGGGCUGGUCACCAAGUCUCAUCUGCUUCCUAUAACGAUCGACCUGAUGAACAGUGCGAAGCUGUCUCCAUUCAAAGACUACAACGCGAACCGCCUCAAGACCGGCUUACUGCAGCUCAGUGACUCGACACAUCUCGUUGUUGACGAAACUGCCCUGGAGGCGGGACAGCUGAACUCUGAUGGUGUGAAGAAUAUUACAGCGCUCGGUCACCUGAUCCGAUGGUGUAAAGUGGAGUACGACUUCAGCUUUCACAAACAGGAGUUUCCAGCUAACAUCAAUGUCCUGGUGCUGUCUGAGGGGGAAUCCAUGCUGCCAAAGGAUUGUCAGGUGAAGUUGGAUCCGCGAAUGACACCACAAGACUUUCCAACACAUUUCGCUCAGCUGGAUGUGAGAUUGACUCCAGAAGCACUGGUCAAGUUCAGACAGUUCCUUACACUGGCCAAGCAGCUGGAGUAUACCAUGACUAGUGACAUUCAGAAGUUUAUUCAAGAGGACUUUGUUACAAUAAGGAAAGACAACCCCAAAGCUAUGACAGUUGAUGAUUUUCAUGGAUUACUUAAUCUAGUGAGAUUACUAACUUUGAGUAACUGCCAGAUAUGUCCGACUCCAGAACUUUGGAAGAGAGCCAAAACCAUGGAACAGCUGAGAAAACAACGCAAUCGUUCCCUGUCUAGGGAAUCAUCGACUUAGGAAUUAAACUUUUACAUGGAU